AUGAUUGCUGAGGGUCGGUGGAUUAAUGCUAGCAAAGCAUGUGAAAACCCUACUUGUGUUGAGAUUGGUGAUUGUUGUAGCUACCUCAAACUCCCUUUUGCUAUUGAGGGUCGACGGAUUAAUGCUAGCAAAGCAUGUGUAAACCCUACUACUUGUGUUGAGAUUGGUGAUUGUUGUAGCUACCUCAAACUCCCUUUUGCUAUUGAGAUUGAUAAGGCGUAUCCGCGUGAUUUUAUGCAAAGAGGGAGGGUGAGGGUUUUGCUGAAAAAGGAAGAUGGGACUCUAUGCAAUCCAAUUGAUAAGGCGUAUCCGCGUGAUUUUAUGCAAAGAGGGAGGGUGAGGGUUUUGCUGAAAAAGGAAGAUGGGACUCUAUGCAAUCCAGUUAUAUCUUCUAGGAAACAACUGAUUCUCCAUGUUGCCGAGUUGGUUCCGAGACACCUCGGGAGGACUAAGAAACAGGAACCCACAUCCACCUCGACUGCUGCACCUUCCAAGUCUGGGAAGGGCGGUAAAAAGAAGAGAUAG